AUGUUGAAAAGUGGGGGCUAUACUCCACUAGUCAGAAGUAGGUUUGAUAAACUGGGAACUGUUGCUCCACCAAGCCAGCUAAAUUCAUGUGCAGUCGUGUAUAGCGACGCGCAAGAAGCAAAAUCGAUACUGCUGUCAGUGCUAGGAUCACUUAAAGACACCCGAAAUAAUGACGGUCGCUAUGGCAGUAAAACAGGGUGGGACAAGUAUCGCGUGGAUCAAACCGGACGUAGAGGCGUGGGAGGCGGUGUCGACGAUGAUGGCGAUGAAGCGGAUCUCGACAAUGCGAUAAGCGUCCUUACAAAGGCUGUCGGUGACACUGACCGUGGGAAGGCGUCAGUGCGUCUGAAUAACAAACCGGAAGUCACAAGCAGCUUGACGCAACUCACGAACAACCAAGAGAUACCCGCGAACGUUGCUGCUAUCAUAGACUCGGCUUUGAGCAACUCGAAGGUUAAAUUUUCCGACAGCGUUGCAGACCGUAUCAAGUCGGCAUCCAGUACGACUGCUUCGUACACCAACCAAGACGACCGGAGCAAUGUUGCGCGCGCCUACAAUUCAGCGACCGGCAAAACGAGCCAAGAGUUUCCGGCAAAUUUCGCAGACUUCUUUCAGUCUUUCCCGAGCACUAACGUCAAGUCCUACAAUGACGUCAACUCAUACACAGACGUCAAAGCCACGUUCAAUACUGACGACGGGUCGAACGUUGACGUCGCAAAAAUAAUGCAAGACGAAUUCGCUGUAAAUAACAAACAGGAUGAAUGGCAACAGUUGUCGAACGGAAACUACUUCAAAGCAGAUACUCCGACGGUUCAAAACUAUCAUGCUGUUAAAGUUUUUUCCAGCAGUUCAAGCCCCGACGGAUCCAAUAUUGACGUCAAUAACAUCCUUAAAAACGCGUAA